AUGGCUCGCUUCGAGGCCGUUCGCCUGCCGUCCGCCGGCCAAGGUCUCUCCUUCGCGCGUUCCCUCGUCGACUGCUGUCACUCCGUCGAGGCUGACCUCCUCCUUAUCCCCGCGCACGACUGCUCCGCGCUCCUCCCCUUCCUCCCCUCGCUCCCCCUUUCUUCCGCGUCCCCCAUCUCCGCAUUCCCCCCUUCCUCCGUUUCCUCCGCCUCCGCCGCCACCGCGAAAGCCUUCGCCUCCGCCGAUUCGCGGAUGCGACGCGUUGCUUCGUUUUGCUCCGAAAACGCUCCCUGUCCGGUCACCUUGAUUGGCCGCGUGAGCAGCUUCCAGGCGAGCGCAAGCGGGAGGGAAAGCUGCGGUGGUUCGGCGAGGGACUGUCCUGCGGGGAAAGACAAUGAUGUUUUGACAACAGUUGGUUCUUCGUGGCAGUCGUAUCUGUUUGUGGCACUUGGGGCUAGCACAUUCUCGUCGCCUGUCGUUCUUGCGAUGGCGUUCCUUCGUUUCCUCGUGGUUUUCCUGCUGGCGCUGCUCAUCGCUCACGCCACACACGCCUUCUCAGUCUUCGGAGUGUCUUCCAAAGCCACCGACCCUGUAGGAGGUGUUCCGGUGGACGAGCCUCCCCUCUCGCAGUCCGCCAAUCCGGAUGAGCCAGAGCCGCGAACCGUGGCUGCAGGCGUAUCGCACCUCGUUGGAACGACUGAGGGGAGUGAAGAGGAGAACGAGGGGAGUUGGACGGAUUGGGUCUCUGGCGUGACUGGCAUGGGCAAGAGAUCGCCGUCCGAAGCCCAGGCAGAGGAGAAGUGGUCAGAGGCUGCAGACGCGGGAGGCGAAUCGGCAUCCAAGGCCGGCCAGUCCGCCGCCAAGAGCGGCGACGCGGCUGAGAAGCACGCAGAAGCCGGAGCAAACGCCGCAUCUGACGCCGUUACAAGCGCGUGGGAGAAACUCAAGCAGGCAGCGACCGGGGCAGCUUCCGCUGGCCGCGAGGGUGCGGAGCAGGUGGGAGAGGCAGGCGCGGAAGCACAGCGACGUGCGGGGGAGGCUGGCGCGCGGCUGGGGGAGCGUGCAGGAGAGACGGGUGCGCAAGCGCAGCAACGCGCGGAAGAAUACGCGGACGCUAUGGCAGAAGGCGCGGGGGCGACGCUCGAGGGGACCAAAGCGGGCGGGCAGCGCGCGGCGGAAGAGGCGGGGAAGGCGGGCUGGGGCGUGUACGACCGCAUGCGGUCCGUGGCAGACCAGCUUCAGCACGCCGCGGGGCAGGGCAUGGGCGUGGGAUGGGACAUCGUUGGGCAAACGCGCGACACUGCCGCUUCCGCCGGCGCAGAGGCGGGGGAACGCGCCAAGGCCGGCGCAACAGCCGCGGAGGAAACUGCUGAAGGCCUCACGCAACGAGCGGGCGAACGCGCCGCUGAUGUGGCGUCGACCGCGGAGGCGGGACGGGAAGUCGCGGAGGAGGGCGCGGAACGCGCGACUGGCGCAGUCGGAUCGGCGGUCGGCAGGGUGGUUGACGGCGUGCGCGACACCGUGUCGCGGAUCGGCGAGGCCGCGAACCAAGCGGGGCAAGCGGGGGAGUUCGCGGCGGGGACGGUUAAGCAGGCGGGAGCUGGCGCCCAUAGCGCGGGGAAAGGCGCGUACGAUACCGCGGCUGGCGCAGCAGGCCGCGUGGGGGAGGGCGUAUCUGGCGCGGGCCAAUUCGCCGCUGAUCAGGCCAAGGCGGCGGGGUCGAAGGCGUAUGAUGCUGCUUCUGGCGCUGCGGCAGCAAUUCCGGGCCCCGCGGAUUUUCAGCGCGCGGGGAAGGUGAUGAUGGAAUGGUGGUUGCGGCUUGUGGCGAAGCGGAAGGACGAGGCGGAAGAAGCUGCGCGGAAGGCGCAGGGAGCGGCGGAGAAGGGCUCGGGGAAGAACGCGGAUUGGCUGAAGCAGCUGGCGGAAGCCGCCAGCUCGCGUUACGAGGCGGCGAAGGAGGCGCUCAGCUUCGCGACGGGGGAGGUGGGGGAGCUGCGGAGGCCUGGCGGAGCGGACGAGGGGGAAGAUGUGCUGCGCGAUAUGUACAACCGGGCGGAAGCGUCCAUGCAUGAGCUGUGGAACGCGGCUAACGACGCAACUGAAAGUGCGAAAUCGAGGAGCGGCGAUCAGGCCGAAGGUGUGAAGAAGGAAGCGUGGAGGAGGUAUGAAGAGGCGAAGAAAGGGUUUGAGCAGAUUCAGACGCAGUUUGGGGACUUGUUCGAAAAAAUGGGGAUGAAGGGAGAGAAGGGUGAGGGGAAGGCGGAGAAGAUUCGGCAGCGCGUGGCACAUCCCUCUCCUGGCGACGCGCUUCGUGUGGAACUGUGA